AUGAAUUUUCUUUCUGCAGGGUGCUUGAAAGGAGCCCUGGAAGAGCGGCCCUCGGAACGUUAAUUCCUUGCUUAGUCUGCCUGAGUUGAAAGCUUGGUGAAGGAGUUGUCUUCUCUGACUGAAAAAGUGACACAUUCGCUAGCGCAGAAUGACCCCAAAUAUUUCAAAGCUCUCAGAUCCUCUCUUCCCUACUACAGAUUGGAGGAAAAGAAAAAGUCUAAUAAAAUGCCGUGCAACACUCAGUUCUUUGCUGUAUCUAGAGAAGAUGCUGAUCACCUGUUCCAGUAUUACAAGAGUAUUUUCUGUGCUAGCAUGACGAAAAUAAACUUGGAGAUUGAAAGCAAUGGACUCGAGUUUUCUUCUCGGGACGUCUUCAUGGGAAACAUUAUGUUAUGUGACACGUCUGGUUUCUCGGACUUCUACAAACUCAGAUGAUGGCUGGAGAAGAUUCUCACUUGGCAGAAGCCUAAGGGAGGAUGCCUUGGAGAACCUAGCGAGCAAGCCUUACCCCACAGGGAUUUUGAACACACGUCUGGAGCACACCAAAAGCAGCUGCUGAGGAGAGUUAAGAGAAGGGAAAAGUUGUUCGCAGAUACACAGUCCACGCUCGUGUAG